AAAAUGAACACAACUCACAAAAGCUCAAAGCAAAAGUUUCCUCAAGAGUAAUCAAGACAAUGGCCUCCUCCAGUUGCUUCAUCUUUGCUUUUUUCAUUGCUAUGUCCUUCUCAAGCAUGGAUAUUGGGCUGGCAGCUCGUCAUCUCCUGCAAACAACAACACCAAAUUUACCAGGCAUUCCCUCUUUCACUAACCCAACAUUGCCACCUUUGCCUUCAUUUCCAACACUGCCUCAGCCUCAGGCCACUGUUCCACCUCUGCCUACAAUCCCUGCACCAACAUUGCCAACAUUACCUUCAAUUCCAGCCCUUCCUCAGGGUAAUGUUCCACCACUGCCCACUAUCCCAUCUAUACCUACCACUUUGCCUCCACUUCCUACCAACAUCCCUAAUAUUCCAACAAUUCCACAGCUCAAAGUUCCUCCAUUGCCCUCAAUCCCAACAUUCACAAUUCCAACUACUAUGCCCUCCAUCCCAUUCCUCUCCCCACCACCUUCCACCUCCACCCCUUAAACUACCUUUCUUUUCUUCUUCCUGGCCAAGCUACCGUCUCAGUCUGAUUCGUAGCAGUGCCAAAUUGCAUGCUUCCUAUAGAUAUAGCCUGAUUCCUUUUGUGUGAGAGCCUUGUGUGGUGUUUUCCUUUUACUUUUGUCGUAUGGUGUGAAAAACUUAUGUGUGAGUUCUCGCUAUUGUUUCUACUUUUUCUUGUAUUAUAGAUUACAGAUUGCGAAUGAUUACAGCUAUACAACUUAUAAUGUCUUAUCCUUUAAUUUAAA